AUGCUUCGUCAAACAGCUCUCUUCGCCUUGGCCCUUGCGGCACCUACCAUCGCCCAAGUUACUGAAGGCUUCGAGAAUGGCUGGGAUCAAACCGCAUGGCCUGUAUACGCAACAGACUGCAAUCAAGGAGGCAAAGUCACCCUGGAUAGCUCGACAGCUCACACGGGCAAGAACAGUAUUCGUGUCGACGGAGCAGGUGGAUUCUGCGGCCACAUCUUCGUUGGCACAACGAAGAUUCCUUCUGGCGAUGUUUACGUGCGAACAUAUGUCAAAGCCGCAAAAGCUCUGACCGACUCCCACGUAACCUUCAUCACCAUGCCCGACUCGGCUCAAGGCACAAACAAACACCUCCGCAUCGGAGGACAAUCCAAGAUCCUCAUGUACAACCGCGAAACCGACGACGCUACUUUGCCGGAUCUGUCCCCACAGGGUAUCGCGACGUCCAAGGCGCUGCCAACGAAUGCUUGGACGUGCUUUGAGUACCAUUUGGGUACUGACGGAAGUGUGGCGACGUGGUUGAACAACGUAACGGUACCGGCUUUGACUGUGGGCAAUGGAGCGACCAAUGCGAAUGCGGGGCAGUGGACGAGGAGCAGUGUUAAGCCGAAGAUUACGGGAGCCUACUUUGGAUGGGAAAGCUAUGGCGGUGAUACUAACACUAUGUGGUACGAUGAUAUCGUUGUUAGUAGCAGCAGGAUUGGAUGCUAG